GCAGCAAUGGUUUCCUUCCCUUCUUUUGUGUGCAUAUAUGUUUUUGAAAAGUCCCUGUUGCCUUUCGUUACGCCCAUUGUGGCAUAGAGCAUCGAUUUAGGAGAAGAAAGUCCUCAAAAGGAUGUAUACAGACUUGGAGUGCUUGCUUGUGUGGGUGAUAGUUAGGGACUCCGGAGGAAAAUAGAAAGUGGGCUAAGCCUCAUCAGCGAGUAUGAGAGGCCAUCGGGAUGUGAAGCCGAUCUUGUUGCAGGGCCUCUUCUUCUUCCUCUUUUUUCCACGCUCAUUCACGAGCCAAAAGCUGUUCCAGGGAGCUUCAUAGAGAGGAACACGAGAGGACGGGAGGAAAGAGGCCAAGAGCCACCGACUGACUCAGAGACUGACGGACUGACUAUAGUAGCUGAAUGAGUUGAGGAGGCGGACGACGACGAGGACGACGACAACGAGGACGACAACGAGGACGACGAAUCUCUACGAACAACCGAAUGGCCUCCUCAAAAGCCAAAGAAAAAAUUGGUUCAGCCAAGACGUAGGCACACUCCCACACUCACGAGCACCAACUUGAACGAGAGCAGCAGCCUUUCUGGACCUUCCUUGAUACAUCAUCAUGCCUGGCCAAGCUGAUGAUCGGACAGCCCUAUAAGGACAAUCCUACAAAUAGAACAGAGAAGAACAGUCCAAGUGUGUCUAGGACAAACUAUGGCGAGUUUGUGGGCCCAAUUGCAUUGGUGAGUUGGGAAAAUGUUUAUGGGCGUGAUCCUUUGCCUACUGGCUCAGACUCAAGGAUGGGUAGAUGGUAGCCCGGAUGCCAAAAGGCUCUACGACGAUCUCCUCUCCAACUACAACAGGCUCAUUCGUCCCGUGGGCAACAGUUCGGAUCGAUUGACGGUCAAAAUGGGACUAAAGCUCUCGCAGAUCAUUGGAGUAGACAUGAAAAAACAAAUUGUCAUCACCAAUGUUUGGGUGGAACAACAAUGGCACGAUUACAAGCUAAAAUGGGACCCGGAGGAAUAUGGUGGGGUCAAACAUUUAUACGUGCCCUCCCAAAACAUUUGGCUACCUGACAUCGUAUUAUACAACAAUGCCGACGGAAACUACGAGGUGACCAUCAUGACGAAAGCAGUGCUCCAUUACUCGGGCAAGGUGACGUGGAACCCACCCGCCAUUUACAAGUCUUCGUGCGACAUUGACGUGGAGUUUUUCCCUUUUGAUGAGCAGAAUUGCUUCAUGAAAUUUGGUUCUUGGACCUACGAUGGAUACACGGUCGAUUUGAGGCACAUUAAUCAGAAGAAAGGGACAAACACGAUACCCCUGGGCAUGGAUCUACAAGAAUAUUACAUUUCCACCGAAUGGGAUCUGAUGCAAGCAUGGGCCGUGAGGCAUGAAAAAUAUUACCCUUGUUGCGAGGAACCGUACACCGAUAUCUUCUUUCACCUGGUCUUGAGGCGGAAAUCCUUGUUCUACACGGUGAAUGUCAUCAUCCCUUGUGUGGGGAUCUCCUUCCUUUCGGUCCUCGUAUUCUAUCUACCUUCAGAUUCGGGAGAAAAGGUCUCUUUGUCUAUUUCCAUUUUACUUUCACUGACCGUGUUCUUCCUGCUCUUGGCCGAAAUUAUUCCACCUACAUCCAAAUCAGUUCCAUUGUUGGGCAAAUAUCUCCUUUUCACGAUGAUAUUGGUUACCUUUUCCGUGGUGGUAACAAUCGGUGUGCUCAAUGUCAAUUUCCGAACCCCUGCCACGCACAAGAUGGCACCGUGGGUGAAGAAAACGUUCGUGGACUUCCUACCCAAGUAUCUGUUCAUUCGCCGGCCAGAGCCAGUGGAUGACGAGGAUGAUCUAGCAGUCAUGUACGAGACGAGCAAGUCCACCUCCACCAAGGAACUCCCAAUGCUGACCGAAAACAGUGGUUUGAGUCUGAAUGACAAUGCCAUGGGCCACCCUCUGUCUCCCACGAACGAUUUAGUGGGAGAUGACUUCUACGCCACCACGUUUGACGAAGAGAAGAGUCCCCACCUCGUGUCCAGUCAAGACUUUUACAGAUCACCGCUGGAAGAACACAGUUCCCUGAAUCCCGCCGUUGAACGGGCCAUGAAUGCACUCAAAUUCGUUGCUCAGCAUGUGAAAAACGAGGACAACUUCGAGGGAUUUGCGGACGAUUGGAAAUAUGUGGCCAUGGUGCUAGAUAGGAUUCUACUAUGGACAUUUACGGUUGCAUGCGUAUUGGGUACUUGUCUCAUUAUUAUGGCAGCUCCAACUCAUUACGACUCACAGAAGCCCAUAGAUGUGAUCUAUUCAAAGAUCGACAAGAAGAACACCCAUGAUACCAUCAAUAAACUAUAAGCGCGCCUGGCCUAUAUUUCAUCAAUUUUAUUAUGAAUGACAAGCAUAACUAUCACCCAAUAAACCAAUCUCGUUUUCCGUCA